GGUAUCACUGCCGAAAUCGGACAUUCAACAUGUAAGAGCGCGUUUAAAUUGUUGUACGAGUCGCUAAUCACAACGAUGGCAGAUUUUAACGAUGGAGUGGACGGAAAGUUGGCUUUCAGAAUGCGAAAAGUCAACCCCGAACAGUUUCACACGCUUGUGAAAAUGCACCUGUCCUUCGAAUUGGAUCUUAAUACGGAAGACAGCGAUGGUAUUACUGAGAAAGCAAGACUGAAAAAAUGGGGUCUUUUAAGCUUCGCCAAGAAGUCUAAGUCGUCAGUAAGUUUAGAAAAGGGCACAGAAGGUGUUAUGUUAUCUGAAGAUGGCAUAAAUCAAGUGACACAAUUGAUAGAUUAUUUGUCCCAAGAACAAAACAUCGUACAAGAGGGAAUAUUUCGACGUACUGGAAAGUUAACGAGGCAACAGGAUUUAAAGACAGCUAUGUCUCAAGGUGUAUCUUUAGAUCUUGACGAUGGUCGGUUUAGUGUGCACGACUGUGCCUCAGUGUUGAAAGGAUUCCUGUCAGAAUUAUCAGAACCACUUCUGACAGAUUUACAUUAUCCAGCACAUUGCCAGAUAGCUGAAUUAUGCAGCUUGGAUGGGAAGACAAAUGAUGCCAGAUUGUUGAGUUCAUUACAACUACUUCUUCUGCUUUUGCCACCUCCUAAUAGAAUUUUGCUCAAAGCUAUUCUCACUUUGUUAAAUAAGACUGCAAGUUAUGAGCAUAGCAACAAAAUGAAUAGCGACACACUGGCCACUCUCUUCACGCCGCAUUUAUUGUGUCCACGAAGAUUGUCACCUGAAGCCUUGCAUAUUAAUUCGCAGAAUCUGUCGUGUCUAGUUGCAUUUAUGAUUAGAAAAGGAACAGAGUUUUUUGAGAUCCCACCGAAAUUGGCUACAGAUAUAAGAGCGUACUGGGUGGAACAAGAAAGAAAAUUGUUGAGCCCGAAGAAGACUGACUUGAACGAGUCGAUACCAGACGCAACUAGUACAGCUCACACUGUAUUCAGUUUUGUCGAUCGCAAUUUAACGGCGAAAGCGAAUUCUACGCAAGAUACUCAAGCAGCUUUGGCUCAGCUAUAUGCUCACAUACAAGCUAUGCCGGAAUCAGCCAAGAAGCGGCGGCUCGUGAAACAGUUUAACAAAGAAAACGGACAAGGUACACCUAGGCACGUGAAGAAUUGUAAAACCAAGAGUCUUGGAGAUUCUAUCAAGAAACACAUCUUUCAAAAGAAAAUCUUGGGCCACAAAAAGUUUGUUGACAACGCUGGAUGCAAUAUUACUAGAUCGAGCAGCGAAGAAAAUAUAUUGGCAACGAAAUUGGAAGAUUCGUUGCUUCCAGCAAGAACACUUCUUAGCAAAUCAAACGAUGAACUUAGUACGGAUACCUGUAAUACAAUCGAUAAUGAUCUUUUACAAGCCAAACACAUGAGUAGUGAUAGCCUUAAUAAUGAAACUUUGACAAGUUAUAAAGUAAAAAGCAAGCUGUGUGAUCAAUCUCCAGAUAUGAGAGACGAGCUAGAUGGAAAAAGUGUGCAUGAUGCAAAACAGAGUUUAGGUUCGAUGGAACUCGGUAUGGCUACAAGUUUACAAGAAACGAACGCAAUGACCAGCGACAAUGGUGAAUCUAAUGCUGGCAAAUUGACGCGUCAACUAAGUGAGCCACCCGACAUGUAUUCCACUCACAAUGUAAUUCACUGUGAUAACUCGUUAACAAAUAAUACCGAGUUAGUGCGGCAAAAAUCGGAACCAAUGCUUUCAUUUACCGUAAUGACGAAUGUACAAACCCCCCCUUUGAAGACUUGUACACCGAGCAUGAAAUCGUCUGAAACUACUUUGAAUGUUGAACCCUGUACCGAAAACGCAUGUACACGUAAUUUACAAUCUCCGAUUGUUAGAAGUCGAUUCAGAAAUGUGUAUGCUGUUCACACAUCAACACCGUCAAGUUUAUUGCGACAAAGCUUGGCCACUAACGAUUACAUCUUGACUCCUAUUACUAACAGCGACAAAAGCAUGAGUCCGAUUACACAAAGCGCAACAAAAAUGACAAAAGCCAUGCAGGAAACAAUGAUGACUCCACGCUCCAGGAAGCCAGUAAUGAUCGUUUCAACUUCGAGUCUUUGCAAUCUCGUUACUGGCAACAACGGCUGUAAUUCGCAUGGAUCGAAUCUAGACGUGGUGGGUGCAAUGAAUUACGCUUCCAUUUUAGAGGAAUCUCAGACGUACAACAGUACAGACAAUGCAGAGGCGCUGCCUUGUGCGAAAGAUAUUGAAAAUAAAGAAAACAAUGGAUUGGAUACACUUGGAAAGCACAACUGUGUGCAGUCCGUCGCAAAUUGUUGCGCCUGUACGCAACAAAGUUCGAUGUCUAUAACGAGCACGUUUAGAGAAUAUUUAUUGUCGAGAAGCGUCUUAACAGCCAGUCCUGUUGAUCUCAGUUUUACAUCGCGGACAGGCGAUUUCGAGCAGUCGGAAUCCGACUUGAAUCUUUUAAACGAUGAUACACUGUCUGAUAGUUUAUUGUGUUGUUUGGACGGUAAUCAACCAGAAUCUGACACUUCUGGCAUAGCAUCCGGCAGCACGAAUAGUGCGAAUAAUUCCACUGAAAAGAUGGAAGAAUUUCCUUCUCCGAGAAAACGUGGGACUAGCUUGCAACGAAAUGAUUCUAAAAGAUCCACAAGAGACAGCGUGGCUAAGAGUUCGAAAGGCGAAGAACUCAAAUCGCGAAAUGAAUCGACACUAAACCCUGCAAAAACGCAGGAUAGCUUCCAAGAGACGUCAUUUUAAUUUAUCAAGAUUCAUUAAUUAUUGUCAUUAGUAUAUCGUUGAGUAUAAAUAAGUUUUCAUACUUUGUUAUAAGUAUACUUUAAGGAGAAAGAGACUCGUGUCAUUAAUUUAGGUUUAUCAGUAUGCUUAUAUAUAGUUUUGUUUCGAGUAUGAAUCAACUGUGCAACUUGGAUUACUGUGUAAUUGGAUUAUUUAUUAUUUUUAUGGAAAAUUAUAAAUCAUUAUUAUAUAUUGCAUUUAAUGCAAGAUGCUUAAAAAAUUUUCUUUUUGUUUUCAUGACAAUCUUGAUAAAAAUAUCUGCAAAAGCUAAGCAAGACUAUUGCUAGAUGCAAUUCAGUAUUUUUCUAAUCAUAUAUAUUUUUCUAAUUCAUGUUAAAACUUCCAAAUUUUGCAUAAUAUUGUAUCCUUCGAUAACAAGUGUAAUGUAAUGAUUCUUGUAAAAGAACAAGUUUCUCCAUUGCACACAAAGUUUGUUAAUAUAUUUAUAAAUAAAACUAAAUUAUAUAAAACGA